AUGGACUCCUCCAUAUUCGGGACGCCGUCCAGUGGCCCGGCGCCGUGCAGCCCGUACGCGCUCUUCGGGCCGGAGUUCUUCCCAGAGAUGGUGUCGCCCACCGUUGGCGAGGUCGAGUUCAUGAGCCUCUUCCAGGGCCUCAUGCACGAUGCGCCCGUCACGUCGGCGUCGGCGAAGACCACCGACACGUUCCAGAUGCUGGCCGCCAUGGCGGAGGAGACCGCCGACCCGAUCCUCGCCGCGCUCGCCGCCAGCAGCCCGCUGAAGAAGAAGACGCAUCAGCCCGAGGGCGACCCCGCCGCUGGCAAGCUCGACGCGCCGCCCGGCCUCCCCCUGCCCUCGAGGCAGAAGCCAGGCUCCGAGGCCCCGCCGGGCCUCGCGGGCUGGGCCUCCGACGACUCCACCGCAAGCCCGGCCUCCGACGGCACGGACGCGCCGAGCACGUCCAGCCGCUCG